AUGACGUCGCUGUCAACGAGCAGCCAGCCGGCCGCUGUCGCCUUUGCCUUACAUGGCGAUGUCGGCGCGACCAGCCAGGCCGCGGCAGCGACGGCGACCACCGAGACGCCGGCCAGUCGACCGGCGCGUGUCCGGAAGGGCCAGUCGGCCGCUCAGCCGGCAGCCAAGGCGUCUAAGAGCAACAGUGAUCAUCGCAAGGAGCAGAACCGCAUCGCCUCACGCAACUACCACAGCUCACCCAGUGCGACCGAUGUGCCUUCGUCGACAGAAGGUUCUCCUCCGGGUGGCCUGGACGGGGGAUCCGGGACGUCACCGCCGGUUGCUGCCCCAUCAAUGCCUGUGGUGGAACAGCUUCCCAUCUGGCCACAACAGCUGGGCGACCAGGACGCUGCGGUCGCGGCUGCCAGCAUGGCAGGAACAGAGCCGGCAGCCACGUCGUCGUUCCUCAUGCCCACAAUGAUGCCGUGGAUCACGCCGCUGUCAGUGCCCCAGCUGUCCUUCCGGCCCACUGCUCCACUUCCCACAUCAACAUCCUCAAUAUCAUCAGCCCCGGCACCAGCACCACCAACAAUGCCCACGUCGUCGGUCUCUGAUGUUCCUUUGGCCUACAAUGCCAGCAUGGGCUCAUCCAUGGACAGCAGUGGGCUGUUUUCAGACAUGUUGCUGCGGCCGGCGUCGCCAAACAUCUUUACCAGUCCGUUACGGACCAAUGCAGCGGCGAUAGCAUCCGCACCCACACCCGCACCAGCAUCAGCUCCAGCGCCGGCUCCCGCUCCAACUGACUCCCUACCCUCUUACUCGGUUCCCUGUGCCGCAUUCUCCUCGGCUUCUGCGCGGCCGGCCCGCCAACACAGCAAGGCCACGGUGCACCGUCUGCUGUCGGGCGUGCGCAAGCUGGAGCCAGCGCAAAAGCGGGCUUUGCUGCGGGCCCUCCUGGCCGAGGAGGGCGGUGGAAGCCGGACGGACAGCAGCAGCGGCGACGGCAGGCGCGUGGAGGAGCUGGGGCCCGACGGAGAGAGCGAUCUGGACGAGGAAGACGAGGAAGCCGACACCGGAGAGGGUGACAGCAACGGCUUAGUCAGCAUGGACUAUCCGUGGGAGGCGCAGGGACGAGGCCGUGAUGACAGCCGGCCGCUCCGGCCGAUCUCGCCGUUGUCGACGGUGACGGUGCUGCUACGACGGAUGACCUUCCGAGCGGCAGUGCUGCACAACUGUCUGGCCUGCGGACUGCCGGACCCGGCGACGCUGUUUGCCGAUGACGUCGUCGAUCCGGUGACGGGCCUCAGCGAAGCCGAUGAGCUGCAGAGCCCGUUUGCGCUGGACGCGGCGACGGCCUGCACAGCUGUGGCCCAGGGCCCAGCGCAUGUUGCCGCCUGUGUCGCUAGCGCCCGCCGGCUGCUGCACCGGCGACAGGCCCGCAGUGGCCGCACAACGCCGCGUGAUCUGAUGCCGGUCGACGCCCAGAUCCUCGUGGCUCACCAUCCCUACCUCGACGUCAUUCCCUUCCGCGGCUUCCGCGCCCGCGCCCUCGCCUUGCUCGCUGCCAUGGAGGGUCAGGCCGCAGCUUCGCUCGCUGCCGUCACCGGCGUCUUUGGCGGCUCUGCUGGUUCCAGUCUCGGUCUCUCGCCCAAUCCCUCCCUCUCAUCCUCUCCCUCGGCUGCGGCUGCUGCGGCCUCCAUCGCCGCCGCUGCUUCCUCCCUCGCUCCCCUCACCGCCCUCUUCAACGAGGACGAACUCUGCUACGAUAUGGAUGUCGCCGAUGGCCUCGUCUGCUGGGGCUCGGCCAAUGGCAGCUCGACCGGUGGCCUCUCGGCUCAAGCCCGCCGCACCGAGCGCCCCGGUGGUAUGCGUGCCUGUGUCCCUUGGGAUGUUCGUGGCUGGGAGCCCCAGGUCUGGUUCCUCAAAAAAUAUUGGUUCCUCGUCGGCGGCUGGGACGACGAGAUGUGGCGCAACUGUCGCUGGUGGCAUAGCAUGCGUGGCGAGCACCUCGACUACUCUGUCUUUGCCUCGCCUGGCCACUGA